AUGAGUCUGCUGAGGCCCAGCGGGCUGAAGGCCCCCACCAAGAUCCUCAAGCAUGGGAGCUGGGCCCUGAAGACACCCUCGGCCGCGGCUGCUCCCGUUGAGAAGACCGUGCCUGGGGAGAAAAACCCCAGCGCCCCCUCCUCGGAGAUGCAGGAGGAGUUUGUGGGCGACUUCCAGGUCGGGGAACGAGUCUGGGUGAACGGGAACAAGCCUGGAUUCAUCCAGUUCCUCGGGGAGACCCAGUUUGCCCCUGGUCAGUGGGCCGGGAUCGUCUUGGACGAGCCCAUCGGCAAGAACGACGGCUCGGUGGCGGGUGUGCGCUACUUCCAGUGCGAGCCGCUGAAGGGCAUCUUCACCCGGCCGUCCAAGCUGAGUAGGAGCUUGCAGGCCGACGAUGAGACCAACUGCCAGCAGCCAGCGCCUGCCGCCUGUGCCACACCGCCCCUGUCGGCCUCCCUGGCCCUUGCCGGCACCACGAAGGUGCCCCAGUCCCCCGCGAAGGAGUCACCGGCCACCCCUCACAUCAGCAGCCUGACCAGGACGGCCAGCGAGUCCAUCUCCAACCUCUCUGAGGCUGGCUCCCUCAAGAAAGGGGAGCGGGAGCUGAAGCUCGGGGACCAGGUGUUGGUGAGUCUCCGUCAGCUCCGGGGCCUCAUUCGAGAGCAGCAGUUCCGGCCGCACGGGACUAGACCCCGCUCUGCUCGCCAGGGGCCCCCGCCCGCCCUGCCCCACCUGAGGGGCCAGACGCCGAGGCCGCCGUCCAGUCCUGCCGCCGCCGCCGCCCGGUCCCCCGGACAGACGCCUCUGGACUGA